UUGUACUUUUUGGAUGGAAAGAGGGCACUGACUGCUUAAUAGAGCAAUAGGUUUCUGGGUUUCCGAUUCUUUUUUUUUUGUUUCAGCGCUGUGUUAAAUAAGGAUGGGUUCUAGUGACAUUUGAAUAGUAAACACCCCCAGAACUCGGUGAGAGCUGCGAACCCCAGACCCAGACCCAGACCCAGACCCAGACCAGACCAAGACCAGACCCAGACCAAGACCAGACCAGACCAGACCAGACCCAGACCCAGACCCAGACUCAGACCCAGACCCAGACCAGAGGCGAGGCCGCGCCCGGAGCCGCCGGAAAGAAACAACGGAGAAAGAGGUCUGGCUAAACAAGAGUAAAUACACUGCCUUGCCAAAAAAAGUCACCACCUGGAUUUAACUAAGCAAAUAGAUGAGGAAGUUGCAGGAGAAAUGGUUGCUGAACAGUCUGGUCCAGAAGCUCAGAAUAGUCCUUAUCAACUUCGAAGAAAGUCUCUUUUACCAAAAAGAGCUAUAUAUCCAGCCAAGACUAACAUGGAGUGUGACUUCACAUCAACAACAGAAAACUUUGGUCAUCGAGCCAAGCGUGCCAGAGUUUCGGGCAAAUUACAAGACAUAACCGCUGCUCCAGCAGAACAGUACCUGCAAGUGAGGCUUCCAGAUGAGGUGGUACUGAAGAUCUUCUCCUAUCUGCUGGAGCAAGAUGUGUGUCGGGUUGCUUGCGUGUGCAAACGCUUUAAUGAACUUGCCAAUGACUCCAUUCUGUGGAAGAGGCUCUAUGCAGAGGUUUUUGAGUAUGCCCGUCCAAUGAUGCACCCAGACUCUGCAAAAUUUUACCAAAUUAACCCAGAGGACUGUGAGCGGCCUAAUCCAUGGAAGGAGAGCUUUCAGCAGCUGUAUAAGGGAGCACAUGUGAAGCCAGGGUAUGCAGAACACUUUUACAGUAACCCUGCCAGAUAUAAAGGCAGAGAGAAUAUGCUGUAUUACGACACCAUUGAGGAUGCAUUAGGUGGGGUGCAGGAGGCUCAUUUUGAUGGGCUUAUAUUUGUCCAUUCAGGGAUUUACACAGAUGAGUGGAUCUAUAUUGAGUCACCAAUCACAAUGAUCGGGGCAGCACCAGGGAAAGUUGCAGAUAAAGUUGUCAUUGAGAACACUAGAGAUUCAACAUUUGUUUUCAUGGAGGGGUCAGAAGAUGCAUAUAUUGGCUUUAUGACAAUAAAGUUUAACCCUGAUGACAAGUCAGCUCAACAACACAAUGCACAUCACUGUUUAGAGAUCACAGUUAACUGCAGCCCCAUUGUUGACUACUGCAUCAUACGUAGCACAUGCACAGUGGGUUCGGCGGUAUGCGUGAGUGGCCAGGGGUCUUGUCCUUCAAUCAAACAUUGUAACAUCAGCGACUGUGAGAAUGUGGGCCUCUAUAUCACAGACCACGCACAGGGCAUUUUUGAAGAUAACGAGAUAUCCAAUAAUGCUCUAGCUGGGAUCUGGGUUAAGAAUCAUGGAAAUCCCAUAAUUAGACGGAAUCACAUCCACCAUGGAAGAGAUGUGGGGAUCUUUACUUUUGACCAUGGCAUGGGCUACUUUGAAAGCUGCAAUAUCCAUAGAAACCGGAUAGCAGGAUUUGAGGUGAAGGCAUAUGCCAACCCCACAGUAGUGCGCUGUGAAAUUCACCAUGGACAGACUGGGGGCAUAUAUGUACAUGAAAAGGGCAGAGGGCAGUUCAUUGAGAACAAGAUCUAUGCAAACAACUUUGCUGGUGUAUGGAUUACCUCAAAUAGUAACCCUACAAUUAGGGGUAACACGAUCUUUAAUGGCAACCAAGGUGGUGUUUACGUAUUUGGAGAUGGCCGGGGUCUUAUUGAAGGAAACGACAUAUAUGGGAAUGCAUUGGCUGGGAUUCAGAUCCGUACCAAUAGCUGUCCUAUUGUCCGGCACAACAAGAUCCAUGACGGCCAACAUGGAGGCAUCUAUGUGCAUGAGAAAGGCCAAGGUGUGAUUGAAGAGAAUGAGGUCUACAGCAACACGUUAGCUGGAGUGUGGGUAACCACAGGAAGCAUGCCUGUACUGCGCAGGAAUAGAAUACACAGUGGAAAACAGGUUGGUGUUUAUUUCUAUGAUAAUGGGCAUGGCGUGCUGGAAGACAAUGAUAUUUACAACCACAUGUAUUCAGGAGUUCAGAUCAGGACCGGGAGCAACCCAAAGAUAAGAAGAAACAAGAUCUGGGGUGGGCAAAAUGGUGGAAUCCUUGUUUACAACUCAGGUUUGGGCAUAAUAGAAGACAAUGAGAUCUUUGACAAUGCCAUGGCAGGGGUUUGGAUCAAGACUGACAGCAACCCAACACUUCGUAGGAAUAAGAUACAUGAUGGGAGAGAUGGAGGAAUUUGCAUUUUCAAUGGAGGACGAGGGUUGCUGGAGGAGAAUGACAUCUUUAGGAAUGCCCAGGCAGGGGUCCUCAUCAGUACCAACAGUCACCCUGUACUGAGAAAAAACAGGAUAUUUGAUGGCUUUGCUGCAGGUAUAGAGAUCACAAACCAUGCAACUGCAACUUUAGAAGGAAAUCAGAUUUUUAACAACCGCUUUGGUGGGUUGUUUCUUGCAUCUGGUAUCAAUGUGACAAUGAAAGAUAAUAAGAUAAUGAACAAUCAAGACGCCAUUGAAAAAGCGGUGAGCCGUGGACAGUGCCUGUAUAAGAUUUCCAGUUACACCAGCUAUCCAAUGCAUGAUUUUUACAGAUGUCACACCUGUAACACAACGGACCGCAAUGCAAUUUGUGUGAAUUGCAUUAAAAAGUGUCAUCAAGGACAUGAUGUAGAGUUUAUUAGACAUGAUAGGUUUUUCUGUGAUUGUGGUGCAGGGACGUUAUCAAACCUGUGCACGUUGGCUGGAGAGCCAACACAUGAUACGGACACACUGUAUGACUCUGCUCCUCCUAUAGAGUCCAGCACACUGCAGCACAUCUGAGUCGGUGUACUCAUGAGACUCCAUACCAUUUAAAGGAUCUACUGCUGCCCUGUUCUCCAAUUUUAAAAUAAUACCGCCAUUGGUGCUUUGAGGAUCGGUCGAUCCGGACAUAAAUAAGCAGAUUCUGUAAGCUGCUAUUACCAAAUUAUAUGUUUGAAUACAAUGGCACUUUUUAUUUUUUUAGAUGUUCACAUGCAAGAUCUAUGUUAUCAUUGUUCAGUGUAAAUUCUCAUUGGAUCAGAAGAGAGUUGGCUUUAUAGUGGAUCAGAUUCAACAGAUCAGACUGGUGGAUCCCAAACACUCCUCAAUCAAGUGCUUAAAUAAUUUUAGAAAUAAUUCUAUUUGUCAUGAUUUCACCAAUUAUAGAUUCAGAAAACAGCUAUCAAUGCAAGCUGUAAGUAUACUUGUACAUAUUUAAAAAAACAUAGUAAUUCACCUGCUUUCUUUUCCAAGAGGCGGUAGGUGAUGGAAUGAAACGUGGACUUCAGACACUGACUAAUUUUGGGUAGUGCUAGAAGAAACUUGGUAAACAAUUGCUGGUUCUUUUCAGGAAAGAGCAGUCUCACCAGUUUCUUUGUGCCUGUAUCCAAGAAUGUAUUGCCACACUAUGGUGUAUGUAUGGUGAUAAAUAUGACCAGCAGCAUUUUUAGACAAAUUAAAUGGUAUUUUGUUUUUUAAGCUCACUUGUAGUUUUGUAUUUUGAAAUCUUAAAUGUAUGUGCACCUUUUUUAUUUUAUUAAAUAUUAAUUCUGGGAGUUGUACAUUUUUAGACUUGACUAUAAUUGUACUAAUGGUACAAAAUGUAUUGUUCUUUCUGUGAAAGGUUUAUCAGGAAAAGUGAAUAUAAAAAAACAGUAGCUAAUUUCCAGCAUGUUUUUUUGUCCUUGCUUGUUUUAUAAUUAAAGGGAAAAUGUGUUUAAA